GGCAAGAGCUUUUCCUACUUGAAUAGUGACUUGACGAGUUAAACUUGUAAGCUUGCGUCUCCCCAAAUUGAAUUUGCGACAUAGAAUUUGAGUACUGUCAACCCUAACCCCACUCACUCACCACCGAUAACAGCAAUAGUUCAUGUCUCGCUUUGUCAGAGCAUCAAAAUAUCGACACGUCUUUGGCCAGUCGGGCAAGAAGGAAUACAUCAUUGAAAAUGUCAAAGUAACCAACAACGCCUGGGAUACCAACAUUAUCGCUGCAUCUGGAAAAUACGUUAGCAUCAACUGGAACGCCUCCGGAGGAGGUGCUUUUGCUAUUUUGCCCCUUCCCUCUCCUUUUCAUACUAUCUCUGGCUUUCCACACAAGCUUCCGGACACUCUACCUCUCGCUCGAAGCCAUACAGCAUCUGUCCUUGAUACAGACUGGUCUCCUCAUGAUGAUUCACUUGUCGCGUCCGGUGGAGAUGAUGGAAAGGUCAUGAUAUGGAAGGUCGAUGAUAGCGCGUUUGAAGGAUGGGGCGCAGAUCAUUGGGUUCCUAAAGAUUUCGAUCCUGUAUGGCGUAUCGACGCAUCACCCCGCAAAGUCGGCCAAGUUCUCUUCCAUCCGACAGCCUCCAACGUCGUCGCGGGUGCUACCGGAGAUUACACUGUGAAACUCUGGGAUCUUGCUCGCACAGAGGAUCCACGAAAUGUUCUCUCAGGUCAUAACGACGCUAUCCAGAGUCUAGCUUUCAACUCAACUGGAACGCUUUUGGUGACUACAUGUCGUGAUCGUAAGCUGCGGUUGUUCGAUCCACGUGCUGGUAGCGAUGCAGUGCGCGUCACGGACGGACAUGGCGGUAUCAAAGGCGCCAGAGUGGUCUGGAUGGGUGAUCAUGACAGGAUCGCAACGACUGGCUUCAGCAAGAUGUCUGAUAGACAGGUGGCCAUUUGGGAGACGGGCAGUUUGAGCAAUCUGAAGACAACGACUAUAGAUCAGAGUUCAGGUGUAAUGAUGCCGUUCUGGUCUGAGAAUAACAUCCUGUUCCUUGCUGGAAAAGGUGACGGCAAUAUUCGUUACUAUGAAUAUGAAAAUGAUAAUCUCUUCGCUCUUGACGAGCAUAAGAGCGUUGAUCCUCAACGCGGAAUGUGUUUCCUUCCUCGACGCGCCCUCAAUGUUGCCGACUGCGAGAUUGCAAGAGCUUACAAGAUAGCCGGAUCAAACAUAGAACCAAUUGCUUUCAUCGUUCCGCGAAGGGCUGAUGGUUUUCAAUCUGACAUUUUCCCUCCUGCACCCUCCUCAGAACCCAGCAUGUCAGCAAACGAUUUCUUCUCAGGCAAGAACGCUCCUAGGAAGGUUGUCGAUCUAGCUAGCGGAGCUUCAUUCGUUUCUUCUGCUCCCCCUUCUGCUGUACCUGUUCCAGUCUCUGCUUCCAUGCCCUCUCCUGCUCCGUUAACCCCUUCCUACUCCACGCCUGCGCCUGCCUCGCAGACGCCUUCCGCACCCGUUAUCACAAAAUCUUACUCCAUCCCGACUCCUAGUUCUACGACUACGGCGGAGCCUCCGUCGCCUGCUCCUGCCCCUACGAUACAGAAAUCCAACUCUAGGGACGAUUCUACUCUAGGUCAAGAGAACGCUCAACUCAGAAAGGAAUUAAGGGAGGCUCGAGAGUUGAUUCGGAAUUUGGAGUUGCAGGUUGAAGCUCAGAGGGCGAACGCGAGGAAGGCGGCGCAGGCGUUGCUGGACGCGGCAUGAGGCUGUCGUUCAUUCAUUAUCUUUUUGGCUAUGUUCCCUGUAGGCUCGUCAGUUAAUACUCGUGAUACAAAGACCUGCAUUAUAACUAUACUAGCAGUGACCCGUGCGAUGCACGUUAAGCAGCUAGUCCCGCUCGGGGUGUCGCGUUACUCCGCCACCGAGCAAUGGGCGC